CUUGGGUUACUCAUUGCUUCGGCUGGGACGUAUGUGGCUAGUGCUUGGUGGAUUGUUAAUGCAUACCCUGCAGCUGUGUCUUCCCCACUGUCCUCGACGUUUCUUGGAGUUGCAAUUACCAUGUUGCUCUUUCUUAUGUUCAUCGGGUUCUUUUUGAGGCAGACCAAUAUCAUUGAGUCUUCGGGCUGGCUUUGUGGAUUUGACCAGGAGCUGUCUUCAGACCCAUCUUAUUCUCACGUCCCACUCCUAUCAAACUUGAUUCCUCAUCUCCAGGCUUUGCUCAACUUUGUUACAAACAUGCUGCCUAAACCAGUGCUGGUGGCCUUGUUGUACUGGCUGACUGUGUUGCAGUUGGCUUCAAAGAUCUUGCCAGGUAUUGGUGCUGAUAGUCCGGACGAUGCAGAAGGACAUUCAGUUAGGACUUGGAUCAUCACAGGCAUAUGCACCACCACCGAGAGUGAACCCAGUCACACCAAUCCCCAUUACCCUCCCUCCGAGUACGUUCACACCCUGAGUAAGCACCGCAUAGACGUCAUCCCAAAUAUUACAAGCACCAACUACCACCGUCUGUGCUGCAGAGUCGUACAUGACUGUUACGGUUUAUUCAUUUUUCUUCGUAUUACUCAGCUUGAUUACUCAUAUGCGAUUGCCACAGACAGUUUCUCACAUACUAUUAUUAGCGUAUCCAAAGUGUAUUUAAGUAGAGCCUCAGCUGGUCUAAACCCCAGCUUCGGCUAA